UGUACUUUCUGUGGUAGCACUUUAUACCAAAGUUACCAGUUGUUUUCUCUGAAGUGGUGGUUUGGUUCUUGUGGAAACGCAGAUAACAGUAACGGAAUAUUUUGAUAUUCUAUCAUUGUGAUUGAAUCGAGUUGUGGUACUUGCUGGAAAUAAGGUGCGAGUGUGUUAUAUAUAAUUAUAUUCCAUCUGGAUUGAUAUUACUCCAUAAGUGCGAACUGCACUUCAGUGGAUUUGUAACAGCAGCUGAUCACAAGUUUGGGCUUCAGGAGUAGUCUCUUCCAGUUUGCCCAUCAGCCACUUGCUUACGACAGGGAAAGAAUGGCGGAAAAGAGUGCUGUUAUGCGUUUGCAGAAGGAUUUUAAACGAUUAUUGCAGGAUCCGGUACCUUACGUAUCCGCGUGCCCUAAACCAAAUAAUCUACUGGAAUGGUAUUAUGUCGUUCGUGGACCAGAACAGACUCCCUACGAAGGCGGCUACUACCUGGGACGACUGAUCUUUCCUGUUGAAUAUCCCUUCAAGCCGCCGUCAAUCAUGAUUUUAACUCCCAACGGCCGUUUCGCUCCGAACCAGCGACUGUGUCUUUCCAUGUCGGAUUUUCAUCCGGAAUCAUGGAAUCCUGCCUGGAAUGUUGGCACAAUUCUGUGCGGAUUAGUCAGCUUUAUGACGGGUAGCCAGAGUACUGUUGGAUCAAUUAACACAACUGAAACGGAGAAACGUGUUUUCGCCCGUGCAAGCAUCCCAUGGAACCUUAAUAAUGAUACAUUCCGCAAAUUGUUUCCAGACUUUGUUCCGGAACUGGAAAAGAAGCAUAGAGAGGCCGUACUGCCAGCGGAAAGCAGUCCUAAUGAAUCUGUCCCGAAUGUUCCUGAUUCGAAUGCUGCUAAACAAACCGGACCGGAACCCAACAAUAAUCCCGCGAACGACGCAAGACGAAAUCGUCACGCCAUUUCGGGCAAAUGGCUCAGAAUUCUAGUGGUUGCGGGGCUUGCGGCUUUUGCCGUUGCUGUGCGAGCGUUUUCGCAUUCUUUUUCAUCCUAAUGCCAGCCAGAAGUAAAACGCCGUUCCGCACCAUCGAAAAUACCGUAUAACAAGAUAUUGAUGAAAGUGACGAAACUAUAAAUCAUUUCAUCAGGUCUUUUCUGCGAUGUUGGCUCCUUCACCUGAAAAAGGAUCUAAUGUAUGAUUACUGUUUUGAAAGGAUGGAGAAUGUUCUUUUGCUUGAGCUCGUAGUUGCUUGUGCUUGGAAGUCUGAAACCGGCUGUUUUAGGUUAAUUUUAAUAUGCUAUUGGCGUUUUCUUUCAGUGGGAUCUGAUUGCGUAACUACAGAGGUCAUUAAAGUUUAAAUCGGUUU